AUGAUGCCAACCAAUCCAGAACCUCAUGUAAAGGUGAAGAGGAAUCUUCAGGCAACUGCAGACUUGCUAGAUGCGUUGCAAGAAGACCCCACCCUUCUCAACGAUGAAGAAUUCGUGCGUCGUCUCUCCAUCCUUCGUGAGAAACACCAAGAAACCACAAAUUUCCUAGCCAAGAAAGUCGGUGCUCCUCCACUCCCCACUGUGAUAUCCACCUCAAAAACUACAGAGUCCAAAACCAUGCAAUCCUCUUCAAGAAUCCAAAUGACUACUUCUACAAGUUGUCAUCAGAGAUACAUAGAUCCGCUAGACGUCCCUCGAAAGUCAGAAGGCGUGCGGAGGGAAGAGCCCGAGUAUCAUGAAGUUGAGCGGACGGGAAACACUUAUGAACAAGAAGAAGAAUCACACUAUAUGGUACCAAGGAACCAACGAGUUCAUAUAAUGCCGCCGAAAGUGGUUCGUGUACCUCAUAGAGUAGCUUCUCCACCACCUGUGGCAUUUGUUCCUCCAUCAAGGAGCACUAUAGCUUCAGCACCUCCACCUCGUGAAUCUAGGAGCCGUCAGGCCCCGCCUGUUCCAUCAGCUCCUCCUGUUUCUGCAUCAAGACAUCGCCACCAAGCCCACACCGCAAUCACUACUGCAAUUCCACGGCAGUCAUCCUCCCAUCACCGAUCCUCCAGUUUGCCACGUCACCGACACCAUCCUCAUCAUCAGCAUCAUGGUUCUCAGAAGACCCCUAAUUCAGCAACAAUCCGACAGGUGCUAGCCGAUGCUUCUGCCAAGUACAACCUUCCUACUACAUCAGUUGCAAUGCCAAAUGGACAUCUUCUUACGUCUACAAGCACUAAACACGUGCCAAUUCAGCAGCCACAAUUCGCCACGACCGCUGAUGUAGUGGAAGAGAGUUUUUUGGAGGAUGGGAUGUCGGUGGAUGAAGUUGUCGGGGAUUCCCAUAGAUCUGUGAAAAGGCAAUUGGAAACUGGAACUAAUGAGCUGAAGAUUCGCUCCAAGUCCAUGCAUAACAUCCCAGAACCUCAGGUCACUAUACCCAAACCAUUCCAGUUAUCAUUAAGAAAAACUAUUGGGAAUACCUACGCCAAAAAGUUUAUGUCUGAUAUGAUGAGUGAGAAACAACGACGAGAGGAGGAGGCGCAGAAGUCUCUGGAAAACACGAAAUUCAAAGCCAAACCAGUGCCAAAAUCCACGUACAUCCCUACGAACACUUUUGCCACUGAACAGAAGUAUGUAGAAGCGAUAAGAAAGAAAGUGGCAGCGGUGGCAAGGAAGAAGUUUGAGGCGCAAAAUGAAAUGGUGCGAUCAAAGAGUGAGGGAAAUCUAGCAUCCAUCAAACCCCUGGGAUAUGUACCACCAACUACAUAUGUGUCUCCGAUUCCAGUGAAGCCAAAUGCUAGAGGGAGGAGUGCAGCUACGAGAACAGCCGUUUUGAUUCAGGAGGCGACAACGCCAAAGGGGAUCAAGAGCCACCGUCACCAAUCCAACAUGACACACAAACUGAGACAUGGGAAGUGCACACUAGACACAACAUCCGUGGUACAGCAUAGAAGAACUUCUCCCCCGGAUUUCAACAAGAUUCAUGCCAAGAUCAAUGAAGACUAUCGUCGUGCUAACUCGAAGCCCUCCACCGUCCCGAUUCCUUUCAAACUCUCUUCUUACCGAAGUCAAUCUGCAACCACUCGUCAUGCCCAUUGCAAGGAAAAAGAGCCAGAACAAUACAAACCAUCUCCAAAAGCACCAAAACCAACUGAAAAUCGAGUGCCUAGCACGCAUUCGGCACAAUUGAGAGAGGAACUCAAUAAAGCGAGAAUUCAAAAGGUACGGGCCGAGGAGGCCGCGAAGAAUAACUACUGGGCGGAGGAUAAUCGAAGGAGGAUCGCCACAUUUCUGGGUGCCCGAAGUAAGACCGAUGAGAAUAUUGCGAUGAGGACAAAGAUGAAAAUGCAACAACAGCAAGAGACUACUCAGGAGUACAUGCGGCAGUUGACAGAAAUGAAGCAGAGAGUACUCAAUGGCCCUCUUAUCAUGGAAAAACAAACGGCAUUAGCUCAAGAGCACCGCCUGAAACGGAAAUUCGCUGAAAGAAUGAAUAGUGGCAAGGGAACUACUUCCACCCAGCUAAAAGUGGAAUCCAGACGAGGAUCUGAAGGUUCUAGUGCCGCUGGAACGUUUGUGGUGGAGAAGGAUGAUUAUGAAGAUGAGAACUUUGAGUCGAAGACGUCGUCUGGAUCCAGGAAGUCUUCUCAAUCAGAAAGUUCGUCGGAAUCUGAAGAGUCAUCAUCAGAAUCUGAAGCAUCUUCUGGUAGAGGAGGAUCAUCGUCAGUUUCUGAAAAAUCGAGUUCCUCUUCUUCAAAACAAUCAGAUGAAGAGGAAAAUGAGUCAUAA